AGUCCACCCAACUCCUUUUUCUGCAUUUGCAACUAUCCACAAUGGAUAGGGGAGCAGUUUGAAGUGGUAUACCACUAAUAUACUUUAUAAUCAAACAUAAUUUUUUAACUUGACAUUAUUUCACAGGUGAUAUUCCGAAAGAGAUUGGUUAUCUUAAUUAUUUACAGGUAUUGAGCAUUGGCAACAACAAAUUCAGUGGACGAUUACCAAGACAACUUUGGAAUGUCACGACUCUUCGUGAAUUAUACAUUUUCAACAUCUCUUUAACUGGUGGUAUUCCGAAAGAGAUUGGUAAUCUUAAUAAUCUAGAGAUAUUAAGCAUGCGUUCCAACAAUCUUAGUGGACCAUUUCCAAGACAAAUUUUGAACAUCACAAGUCUCCGUGAACUAGACCUUGGUGGCGCCUCUUUAACCGGUCCAAUACCAUCCACCAUUGGGAAUCUAUCCAAUUUGCGAGUGCUAGAUAUCUCUUCCAACAAAUUAAAUGGUACAAUACCAUCCACCAUUGAGAAUCUAUCAAAUCUGCAGUGGUUAGUACUCUAUGACAACCAAUUAAAUGGUCCAAUACCAUCCGCCAUUGGGAAUCUAUCAAAUUUGGAGAAUUUAUAUCUCUCUUCCAACAAAUUAAAUGGUGAGCUUCCAUUCUCCAUCUGCAAGUUGAUAUAA